AUGAAUUCAACUUCAAACUGGCAGAAUCUAAAUUCUGGUUCAGAGGCUCUGAGUGACAUCCAGAAUUCAGUUUAUAGAACAGCCCUGAAACUACGCUCAGUACAAACUCUCUGCCAAUUGGACUUGACUGAUGUCUCCCUGAUUCAGCACAUCCUUCCAUGUCACCAGUGCCAGAAGGAGAACUCUUUGAAAGUACAACAGCUCUGCUCAUUGCUGAAAGAGCUGUUUCAGAGUGCCAGAUUAGACAAACCAGGCCAAGUAGAUCCAAAAGCCCCUGAUUUGACUCUAAGGCUGCUAACUGCCAUGUAUGACAGAUCUGAAACAGGUGUUAUCAAAGCCAGAUCUGCUGCAGGGGCCCUAAUUGCUCUCUCAGGAGACAAUCUGCUUACAAAAUACAGAGCUUUCUUUCAGUUUUAUGUUGACAAAGAUCAGGAGGAGGCCUUGAUGAGUCGGAGCAGCCUAAGAAGUCUACUAACAGACUUGCAUCAGGUUCUGAACUCAGCAGUUGGUGAAGAGAAAUUCCUAUCUUGGCUAAGAACUGAACCUGCCCUUCUCCUGUGGCUUCCUACUUGUCAUAGAUUAUCAGCCGCUAAAAUGGUCACUCACAAUGUUAGAUGUAGAGUCUGCAAGAAUUUUCCCAUCACUGGAUUAAGAUAUCGCUGCCUGAAGUGCCUAAAUUUUGACCUUUGCCAAGUCUGCUUCUUCACCGGGCGUCUUAGCAAACCUCACAAAAAAUCACACCCUGUAACUGAGCACUGUGUGCAGGUGUCAGCAAAGGAGAAUGCAAAGCUCUUUCUCCGCACUGUCAGAAACAACCUGUUUCAGGAGCGCUGCAGAAGAAAGGAGGCUCAGAGAAGGAAAGCCUUGGAAAUGCUGCAGGGAGGGGAUCUCCUAGCACCUGAGCCAGUCCUUACCUCUACAGAACCAAAUAGUUCACCACAACCUGCCUAUUGUAAUCCAGCCUCCUCUGUGGAUGGACCUGGCCCACAUUCAUCUAAGCAAAUGCCUCAAAGGGGAUCUGUGGUACAGCAGACAGAGAAUGGCAAUAGGGCAGCAGAGCAAGACAAAAUGCAAGCACAGGUAAUAGCUUCUAUUAAGGCAGAACUACUAAAAACUCAUGAAUCCAUCAAAGAUCUUCACAAUGAAAAAAGCCUUCACAGAAUGGUGAAGCAUCAGAUACCAAGUACAAUAAGUACCAAGGAGAGGAGCUAUAAUCAUCUUAGAGUAGGGAAAAACAGGUUAGAGAUUGCUUACACAACCUGGAUGUUUUCAGCUCAGGGCUACAUGACAUGUAUCCUGGAGCCCUCAUUGAAAAGGCUAAGGUACCUGAAGAAGCAGUUAAACAACUGGAAAGACAAAGUUCAGCUCCUCCACAACUCCCAGGAAGACACAAACAGCAAACUAGAAGCAAAGUUCCAAGUGUUGAUGGCAAAACAUGAAAGCCUAAGGGCAGAGCUUCAGCAAAUGAGGCAGGAAAUAAAGGUAUUAUUACAGCCACCAAACCACCCUUCAUUCUCAAUGGGCCAAAAUAUGGAGGCAAAAAAUGAGGAUGCUUUGCAGGAAAUUAGACUACAGCCUGCAUCGGAUUCUAUUCUACUGAAUACCAGCCCUGGAACAUGUGGGAGUUGUAAAGCCAAGGACCCCUUCAGCAUAGUACAAGGAGGGCAGCUCUUACAGAUCCAGGAUGAUCCUGUUACAGUCAACAUGAGAUUAUCAGGUGACAAGCUGAGGUCCAUACCUGUGCAGCAUGGAAAUCCUUUUAUGGGACAGCAUGAGAAGUCAAGAGAGAAAGGUAUCCCUCAAGCAUGUCAGCCAGGGACAUCCCAACCUGAAAUGACCAGGAUCCUUCACAGUGAAAUUAUGCCCCUGGCUCCUGGUCAUGCUGCAGCACAAGUGCAAUUUCGUGAGAAGGAGAUACAAGAGGAGGAGGAAUUGCAGCAGCUAGUGAUGAAGCUGAAGGAUGCUUUGUCUUUCCAAGUACAACCAGGGAAGAUGAGAUGGCUUUAG